UUACUAAUGUGAUAUACGCAGAGAGGGAGUCCACAAAUGAGAUACAUGAACAUUUGCAGACAUUUGUGGACUAGCGCAGUACAGCUGAUUAUGAGGUGUGGUACAGGUGAGUACAAAGCACAUUGACUGAAGAUGAUAUAUAGGAGCACGAGGGUCACGGUGAAGUAUGUAUGAAGCUAAGGCCGCUAAAUCAACUUGUAUUUGUAUUCGAGAAAUACAAUAAACUCCGCAAGGUCAGAAGUCGGCAAUGCCGACCCCUAGUGUUAUCCGUAUAUGCAAAAAGUGUGUCAUCUGAUCUCUUGUGGGUUUUCACUGGUGCUUAAAAGUUGAGGAUGACGCAUACUGGCAUGCAUUACAGGAUGAAGUAAUGUAGCACAGCCACUUCUAUUAAAUUGCACCCCAAAGCCGCAGUACUUACUCGCGGAGGGGCAUGUAUGACUUAUCUUCGUCACCGUCGACCACAGUGAGCUCCACUCUCAGGACCAUAACUUCCCGCUUCGAACAUUCAGUCAAUAGUCGAGACGACGAGGAGAUACCUGCAAGUUGGUCUGGGAUGUGGGGUACCCGGUCAACGUCUGUUGCAAUGACGAAGGCCAAUAAUGGCAGGGCUGCACGUGGGAUUCACGGCAGGUCGUUCAGCGCUUCUCCAGCGUCUGCCCCUCCUUCAUGGGCACUCCAGCACCCGCUCUCUAUGUCCACUAGUACUAAUCAGAAAUAUUCAACACCUGUUGUGCGGUGGCCAUCCUCGUCGUCUGCCAGAGACAUACCGUCCAGUUCAAUGUCGACCCCAGAUGACUCACCGUCGUCGUCGCGUCCGCCAUCUCCGGGACUGUCGUUACUAAACGAAGCGUUGAGUGACAGCAUCCUUCCGACAGUGCCUCCACGUGCACGACUGCCUCUAUGUUUUUCGCCUGCUCGCCUGCUUAGUCGACCACCUCCAUUACUCAGUAAUCUGCUAUCUACUCUCCCGUCAGCAUCUGUGACUUCCAUCCCUCCACACUUUCAAAAUGGGCCUCCCUUAUCUUCUGCAGAUCCCGCAGCUCACAUUAAUGAACCAUGUAUAUCGCUAAACCACUCCCUACCUGCUCGUUCGUCCAUCGACACACUACGUUCGAUCCAUGCAUCUACCGCACCACAGAUUGCGCUUCCUCCUAUUCCAAGUAAAUGGUGGUUCCAGAGUGAUUCAGACUCGGAGAUUAAGGACAACGUGGGCAAGCUCCUCAAUGACGAAGAUCAGGCUUCGUCGCUGAAUAAAAUUCAUCAGAAGUAUCGUUCACCAAAAGCCCCUGUUGUGUUCUGCCAUGGACUUCUUGGUUUUGACACCGUGACCGUUGGACCUUCCCUUGCACCCUUACAGGUCGCACAUUGGCGUGGUAUCAAGGAAGCAUUGGAGGCAAAUGGUUGUGAAGUUCUGAUUACACGAGUACCUGCAACAAGUUCUCCUGUAGAGCGCGCGAAAGUUCUCGAGAAAAGGAUCUCUGAAGUCUAUCCUGGCCGAGCUGUUCAUCUCAUAGGACACAGCAUGGGCGGCCUCGAUUGCCGUUACCUCACAACGCACCUCACCCAACGCAAGUUUUCCGUGAUAAGCAUGACUACAAUCGCCACUCCACAUCGUGGCUCCUCCUUUGCGGACCACUUCAUGUCGCUCGCCUCGCAGCAUCUUCCAUCCGUCCUUGCGCUACUUGAGCUCCUGCCAAAUGGUGGAGGCGAUGGAAAGGCAUUCGAAUGUCUUACCCUAGAAAGCAUGCGCCGGUUUAAUGAGGAGACACCUGACGUUGAGGGUGUGCGCUAUUUUAGCUGGGGUGCAUCCUAUGAACCAGGGCUUAUUGAUACAUGGAAAUGGCCGCAUAGUGUCAUCUUGGAGAAGGAGGGUCCAAACGAUGGGCUGGUUAGCGUCGAAUCAGCGAAGUGGGGCACAUAUCUCGGUACCCUUUCUCCCGUGAACCAUCUGGACCUUGUUGGAUGGACGAACGCUGCGCGAUAUACGUGGGCCUCGAUUUGGGGGAAGGAGAUUCCGUUCAAGCCUGCUUCAUUCUACCUUGGUGUUGCAGACUUGCUGGCUGGAGUAGAGGAGAACGAGGGAGAGGAGGAUGCGUUAGAGAACGGCAGGGUUGAAGGUCACCAAGAGAGAAUGCAGCAAUACCUCUUGGGUAGCAGUCCGUCUCCCAGGUCGACGCCAAGCCCACUGCUGAGAAUGCACCCUGCACUUGGAGAGAUGGUAUCAAAAGCGCAAGAAGAAUCAAUGUCCGUACCCCAACGUACUCCCCAAUCAGCAGAAGCAUCGAGAUUCCCGACAUCCCCAGAAGCACCUCCAUCAACGAAGCAGAUAUCUUUACCCCCUACACCUCCUCACGAGGAGACCCCACCCACACCGCCUAUAAAAUCGUCAAGUCCGCCUACACAUAUGCGAGAACGAGACUAGACCACUCUGCAAUGUGCGAUACCCGUAAAUACAAUAUUAAGUAUCUGCUGCAUUAUUAGCUGUAUCGUAUUCUAAUUGCUUACUACUGAGAUUCAGCAUUGAUUAGUAUGUCUCACGGAAUAAAACACAUUUCAUCCGAUGUGAGUUGGAGUAGGACAAAUUAAUACCAUG